AUGUUUGGUCGGGGAUUUGGUGCUAAUGAAAUCCGUGAAGAGUACAAUUUUGGACCUAGCAAUGCGGAUGAUCAGGCACCUUCAGGCAAUCAUGAUUCGCGAACGCACCAAUCCCAACGGCAAGAAGCUCGGGGUUCGCAUGACACCCCGACAAAUAUGGAGGAAAUGAACGUAUUUUCUGAAAGCGACGAGUCUCUUCAUAGAAGUAGGCGAAGUGAAGAUGUGCCCGCAGCCUCGAGGUAUCGUGACGCACAUUCGUCAUCAUUUUACCCUGAGGGGUCUGCCUUGAGCACAACAGAGAUACCGUCGCAUCCACCCCCGUCGGCCGUCGCCUCGAACCAGGGCGUGUCCGGUGGUGACGGCGAUGGUUUGAACGUGACCGCCGGUGGAGUGGCGGCCCAGCUUCCCGAAGUGAGCAAAACCGAUAUUGUGAAGGAGAUUACGGGAAGGAGCAAUACUAACACAAAUGGUAUGACCGUUGAUGGGAAAGAACAUGCGCUGUUGGUUGAGAGGUGGAAAAAUGCUAUGGCAGAAGAAGAGCGGUUAAAUAUCCUACAACGCCAGGUAGAGUAUCAGUUAAAAGCAACAGAGGGGGCGAACCUGGAGGCAAACUUUCCACCCAAGUUUUUGUGUAUCAAACCCCUUGUUAAUCACACCAUAGGGAUGGUUCCCGAACCAAGAAGGAAAUACGUGAAGUUCAACUAUGUGAUCUGGAUGGUGAACUGUGUGUUGCUUGUUGCCAACGCGUCCGUGGCUAUCACAGUUGCGUUUUCUCCGUAUGAAAAUGAAUUUGAGGGCCCAAAGGCCUCGAACAAGGCACAGGCAACUGCUCUGUCGAUUGCCUACUUGUUGGGUGUGCCUCUAAGUUUCUUUGUAUGGCACUGGCCCAUUUACAAGGCGUGUAUCACUGGGCUUGCUACGAGGCAUCUGGUUAGCUUGUGCGGGUUAUUGGUGGCACUGGCGUUUGCCAUAUUCAUGCUGGUUGGACUGCCAGAUACGGGUGCCUGUGGCGCGAUUCUUGCUAUGGAGGUGUAUGAAGGCAAAUCCAAUUACCUUCUCAUACCCCUUGGAGUGGUUAUUUCUUUGUGGUGCUUUGAAACAGCAUAUUUUUUCUACUGUAUGGUGGUGCAGUGGAAAUUUUACCGUCUGGAUAUCAUGGCGCAGCGCGAGGCCCGUAGUCAUAUUGAUAAUGUAAUUGGUGUGUAG